AUGAAGUUUGAAACUGAGGAAGAGGCAUAUGAUUUCUAUAAUUCAUAUGCUAGUCAAGUCAGUUUUAGCGUCCGCAAAGAGUAUUUUAAUAAGAGCAAGAAGACUGCUAAACUGUCAUCGAGAUUGUUAACAUGCUGCAAGGAAGGUUUCAGGGGUGAUGACAUUCGAGACAGAAUAAGCCCUCGCAAUUCAUAUGAGUUGAUGGGAAGGCAAACUGGUGGAAAAGAAUCAGUCGGGUACAUGAAGUUGGAUUUGUUAAACCAUAUAAGGACCCGAAGACAAACUGAGCUUGAAUAUGGAGAGGCAGCAUGGCUAAUGAAUUAUUUUGAGACUCAGUCUUGUGAAGAUCCAUCUUUCUUUUAUGCAUUCCAAUUGGAUAGUGAUCAAAUGAUUACUAACAUAUUCUGGGCUGAUUAA